ACAUGCGAAAUAUAAAUAAACAAAAUGUCGGACGAUGAGUGCAUGUACGACGAUGAAGAGUAUGACCUGGAGUAUUCCGAAGAAAGCAACUCAGAGCCAGAUGUCGAUCUAGAAAACCAGUAUUACAAUUCUAAGGCACUCAAGGAAGAUGACCCAAGGAGUGCCUUGGAAAGUUUUCAAAAGGUUUUAGAAUUGGAAGGGAAAGAUAAAGGCGAAUGGGGCUUUAAGGCAUUAAAACAGAUGAUCAAAAUAAACUUCAAAUUGGGAAAUUUUCCAGAGAUGAUGAAACGAUAUAAACAGUUGCUGACCUACAUCAAAUCUGCUGUAACUAGGAACUACUCAGAAAAAUCCAUCAACUCCAUUCUGGAUUACAUCUCCACAUCCAAACAGAUGGAACUCCUGCAGAAUUUCUAUGAAACAACAUUAGAUGCCCUAAAGGAAGCUAAAAAUGAGAGACUGUGGUUCAAAACUAACACCAAGCUUGGAAAGCUGUAUUUUGAUAGAGGAGAUUACCAAAAGUUACAGAAGAUCCUAAAACAACUUCACCAGUCCUGUCAGACGGAUGAUGGGGAGGACGAUCUGAAGAAAGGUACUCAGCUGCUGGAGAUUUAUGCUCUGGAAAUCCAGAUGUACACAGCCCAGAAAAACAACAAAAAAUUAAAGACACUGUAUGAACAGUCUCUCCACAUAAAAUCUGCGAUCCCCCACCCACUUAUCAUGGGAGUGAUUAGAGAAUGUGGAGGGAAAAUGCACCUAAGAGAGGGCGAAUAUGAAAAAGCUCACACAGAUUUCUUUGAGGCCUUUAAGAAUUAUGAUGAAUCUGGAAGUCCAAGAAGGACAACUUGUCUGAAAUACUUAGUGCUGGCAAACAUGCUAAUGAAGUCAGGAAUUAACCCAUUUGAUUCACAAGAAACAAAGCCCUACAAAAAUGACCCAGAAAUCUUGGCUAUGACUAAUUUAGUGAGCUCCUACCAAAAUAAUGAUAUUAAUGAAUUUGAGAAAAUCCUAAAAACAAAUAGGAGAAACAUCAUGGAAGACCCUUUUAUAAGGGAACACAUAGAAGAUUUACUUAGGAACAUCAGAACACAAGUGCUAAUUAAGUUGAUUAAACCUUACACGAGAAUUCAUAUUCCUUUCAUAUCAAAGGAGCUGAAUAUUGACCCAACAGAAGUGGAAAACCUUCUAGUGUCUUGUAUUCUUGAUAGUGCUAUCCAUGGACGGAUUGACCAAGUAAAUCAGGUUCUGGAACUGGACAGAGAAAACACAGGUACGGCCAGGUACAAUGCCAUGGACAAGUGGACAGCACAGCUACAGAGUUUACACCUGGCUGUUGUCAAUAAAACAACUUGAACCUCUAGGAAAAUAUAGCAAUGAAUGUGAAACUUUAGUCAAUGACUCUAAUAUUUAUCUUUAAAAUUUUAAUAUAAAAUGUAAAACAAUCCCUGUUCAAUUUGAGCUAAGUCCAAUCCUGAUACUAGAACCUGCUAGAUCUGCGCAAAGAUAGACUUUAGGAGCAGAAUUUAUUUAUAUCAUUUUACAAUGUUUCCAAACUACUUGGUAUGUUUUUGUUUCCAAGUCAUCCAGCGAUGAGUGUUAUGUAGUACCUGUACUCGAUUUCACUGGAAAAAUCAUGUCACAUUAAAAUAUCAUAUUUGAUUUUCAGAGAAUAUCAUUAUAAUUACUGUCUUUAAAUUGAUUUUGUUGUUUAAAGCUUGAAUGUUUUUGAAAUAUACAAAAUUCUCAUGUGUGUACAUGUGAAGGACUGAAAAAUGGAGAAAACUACAUGUAUACAUUUUUGUAAUGUAUAUGAAAAAUAAAAAUCUGAAAUAUGUAA